AUGGCUUUCGUGGCGGAGCGUUGCGCGUGCGCAGGGCCAGCAUCGCUUGGCGCUGUGGCGGCUGCUGCGGCACCACGCGGCCACCGAAGCGUGCGUCUCUGCGCGCUGGCAGUGGGUAGCAGCGGGGGUCGGGGAGCCGUUCGGGGCGUCGUGAGCCUGGGCGCCGGGGUCGGGGAUCAAUCCAACGAAUGCGAAUCGUCCGAAGUGUUCGGGACGAGACGGGGCGACGACGACCGAACCUGGGUGGGGGCGCAUGGCGGCCUCGACCGUGGAGAGGCGGUGGUUGAACCUUCGAAGGAGCCGACGAUGGCGACCCUCCAGUCCGUGUUCUCUGGCUCCUCCGCCGCAUCGAAUCCUGCAGCAGGGUCGCUCGCCCGGGGACAUCUCAGCGCGGAGAAGAGAAUGCGCCGAGGGUCAGGGAGCCUCAGCCGUUGCUAG